CGCUCUCACACCCCAUCGCACCCGAUCUCCAAACCUCUCUCCGUCCCCGCUGCAUGAACUAAUCAUGGCCAACAGCGGAGUGACGUGCCUCUACAAAGAGGCGCGCCUCAAUAUUGAGCCUGCCUAUCCUGGAUCCACUGUUUCCUUCACCCUUCCCGCCAGCACUACAUCGACAUUCGGCUUUCGCACGCAGGCAAAACGGACUAUCGUCACCGACCAAUACAUAGACCAAGAUGAGGAUGCAUUUGCGAAACGGCACCUUGCCAGCGAUGGCUCCAUGUUCUUCAGAAGACACCAUGAGUACCCGCGCAGCUUCCUCUGGCGGCUUCUGGACCAUAGGAAGACGUUAGAGGUGCAGUCGACCGACCUCGAUCAAGAUGUCGGUCAUAGGCUUGAGGCAAACCUGACCUUGCUGCUCCACUUCUCCUCACCUAUUCGACCAUUCGGCAUUGCAUUCGCGGAGCCAGAGGACCGAGAUGCCCUGACUGUUUUCGCCAUCACGACUGCGAACGAAUUGUAUACCAUCACCCUGCAUCGCGACUUUUUCAUCAAGCUGGCAGCGUCGGACCCAGACAUUGAGGAUUGGUGCAAGAGGUCUGCGCCGAAUCUCCUCGGCCUUCGUGUGCCGUACAGACUGGUCGCGCUGAGCGCCAGCGAAUUGCUGGUGUCACUCGAUGAUGGAGGCAUACUGCAUUUGACGAAGCGGAACAAAGACGACUCCGACUGGAUGGAGACUCUGUACAAACAGAGCGAUUGGUCUUUCAGAGGCCUCUUGCCCUGGAGGGGGCAGAAUACCGUGCGGUUCCACAACACCGAUUUGGAUGGCUCGGCUGCUGCUGCCCUGGCAUUGUCUCCAGACAAAAAGCAUAUCUUUACCGUGUGUCUCAACCACAGGAUACGUGCAUGGAAUGUCAAAAAUGGAAGGCCUGGCGUCCAGAUGGAUCUGCUCGGACAAGCAGAUCAGGCAAACGAGAAGAUGGCCCCAUAUUUCAUUGGACCUUCUCAGUCCACCCUGCUUGCUGUCGUAAACAUUCCCGGUGGCGUAGACGGGGCAUUGUAUCAUGUGGUCACCUACUCUCCAAAGCAGCAUCAAUUUAAGUUCUGGGGUGUUCGAGACGCUGACAAUGCAGACCUGGGCAUCUACGAUAUCCAGUCCGGCAUUGCUUUCAUCCCUCCCGUCGAUGACAUGAUGCGUACCACGGUUUGGAAUCUCGAGGAGUUCUUUGUCAAUCCUGGACCUGCUGGGUGGAGAGGCACAGAGCUUUGGAUCCGCGCGAGAUCCGGUCCAAGCAGUAAAGUGUACUCCUUGAAGUUCGAUCUAAACGAAGAUUCUGGAAGACUAGCACACAUAUGGAAGUAUGACUGGAUAUGCACGGACUCAGGCGCCCUUUCCGUUGAUGGAUUGAAGCAGAACUCUGGGAAUCCCAGCGAACAAGAUCCGGACGCCCUGGGACCAGGCAAUUUCGGCGUGACUGAGCAGUGGCUAGACUUCCUCUUCUAUCCAGGGCGGUUCACUAUGGCAACCUUAGAGACGGCGUUGGGCUUGUUCCGCCGAGGGCUGGGUCAAAAUCCAGCGGCAUCGGCUGCUAAGCAUGGAUCACUUAAACAGCGCAUUAGUGCGACUAUUGCAACAUUCGCUGCGCAGGGUCGAAACAGCGCAUUCGACUAUGACGAGUUCGAAGAUGCCGUUGCUGCUCAAUGGCAGGCAUUCUACGGCCUUAUCAGAGAUCUGCACAAGCGCCGAGGAGAGUCCCUGUCACUUGUUUUCGAUAGCAGGCUUGAGAUGCCAUGGCUUGUUCUGUCCGACUAUCUAUCUGCUAUCCGGAAAUGCAGCGAACCCGAAAUCAUUUCCUUGAAUGCUGCGACAAUUGCUGCUUCCGAUCACCUCACGGGACCCCUUAGGAAAGAGUUAGCGAAGGCUGAUUCUCGAAAUGUAGCGAGGCUACUAAACGCCGCUGCCUCGUUUCGAAAGAACCUUCCAAUAUCAUUCAACAGUCAAUUCCAGUGGCAAGUGAAUAAUGAGCUGCUACAAAGCCAAUCACUAUCCGUUAUUGACCGAAUGGAACUGCUUGAACAAAAUUGCGACCUCAGUCGACAAGUCUCAGACGACGAUCUUUCACUGCUUAUCGAGGAUCUUGGCAUUGACAUCAAGGACCUGACCACUGAUAUGUUUCUCCGGGCCGUUCAAACUCUAGGCCAAGAAGAACAACGCCGGACUAACAGGAAAAGACAAAUUGCACGUUUCGGUCUUGAUGCGUUAGUUAGAGUAUCGCAAGAGACCCUGGACACUAGCUACAACACAUUAUUAGAUCUCCUGGUUCUUGUUCUCUUCAUGCAGUUUGAAGAAGAUUUAUCAGAGGACUUCGAUGCCUCUGAGGUAUUCGUCGAGGUUGUGAAUCAGCUCAAGGACUGCGCGAUUUUGAGAUGGUUGGCGAGCACGACAUGGUCACAUCAAACUCCUACCGGCCCUAGCUCGGAGGACUUGAUGAAGGCUUUGGAUGAAAAAUACAGGGAUUCUCGAAAACUACCGAUUGCCCAGACAGUCCUCGAGGGCAUAUUUGGGCACCGCUGUUUCGAUUCCCCGUUACCCCGUGGACUAAAGAACGAACUGCUCACAUAUUGGAGUCGUGUCUGGCUGAACGAAGUUUUCAGAGACCAGAAUUUCGAGGCCUCCCUAGAGGUUAUCAUGGGCAUACUUCUUGUGCAAAAAGAGUAUGGCCUUGCGCUCCAAUUCUCGAAAUUUCUUCAGGAAGGAAAUUGGAGCACAUAUCUUAAGGGCCGAAUGCACGUUGCUCUUGGAGAAUACACCCUUGCUUCAAUCUGCUUCCAGAAAGCUGCCUAUAACCUUGCAUUAGGAAUGUUUAGUAUCGACGAUGCCGAUACAAUAAGCUUUAUUCCACUAGAACAGCGCGAUUCAUUCUCCGAAGGUCUUGCUAAAUAUUACUACCAUAUCCUCGGACUUUUUGAGAAGGUCAAGGCGUUCUCGCACGCCGCAGAUUUUGCGCGGUUGGGCCUCAGGUCAUUGAUGGGCACAGAGGACGAAGAUCUCAAGUCAGACCUUCUUUCACGACUGUUUAGCUCGUCAAUACAGACGUCGAGAUUUGAUGACGCCUACUCGGCCAUGACGAGGCACAAGGACCUGUCUUUAAAGCACUCAGCACUACAGACUCUUAUCACGGUGAUGAUCCAGCAAUUCCAAACCCCGGCGCUUCUUAAAUUCCCCUUUGUGGGUCUCACCAACGAUGUUGACGCCAUUCUUUCCUCUCUCUGCCACAAGACUUUGAACCUCUCUUCUGGACCGCCAUACCACCAGAUUCUCUAUUCGUUCCGAAUAUGCCGCAACGAUUUCCGAGGUGCGGCAUCGAUACUCUAUGAGCGACUUCAGCGGCUCAAGACUAGUUCCUGCAAAGCGCAUGAUCCAGCAGAUGAAUCUUUCAUACAAAGCUAUCUAAUGAUCAUCAACACCCUUUCGUCCGUUGGUGAGGAUGAGACAUACAUUCUUGCCGAACAACGCGUCGAUGACGGUGCCCCGCCCCAGUGGAGCCUUGGCAAGGCGAAGAAGAUGCUCAAGAGGCAGGUUAUUACUCUUGAUAGGCUUAGAAAGGAGUAUCAGGUGGAAUUGGACAGGGUGGCGACUAUUGAGAGCGGCCAAUACCCUUUCGUUGGCGGAGGCGAUGAAAUGGAUAUCCUUUGAAUGGAGUUUUUGGCUGCUUGAUGUGGGCGUUAAUGGUAGCCCAUCUGGACAGGUAUGGAAAAGGGAUCUUGGGGCAAGGCGUAGUUGUUUUGCAAGCUGCAUCCAUCGUAGACACACGAUAACGCUGAGUAGAACAAUUG